GCGGACAACUGAGGAAUUCCGCGACCUCAUUGCGUAUUUAUAGGAGAGUGGGCGUGGCUUCGCGACUCGGCUCAGCCAAUGGCGUAGCAGCGGCGGGGCGAAGGCGUUUCGGUCUGUUCGGAAGAGAAGUUCUCUAACAGCGCGAGCCCAGCACUGCUCAGAAAAGACAGAUAGAGAAUCAGGCGGCUGCAAAGGGUGGCAGUACGACCCUCUUUUGGGGGGGGUCUGAUUAUAACAAAAUAUAUACACACAUAUAUGCAUGCCCAGGGCCGCAAGAUAGGUCAUAUGCCGAUUGUAGAUAUUCCAGCAAACAUCUAGAGGUAUAUCUAUACAUUUCAAAAUGCCUAUUUUACUUUUUCUGAUAGACACGUCCGCUUCUAUGAAUCAGCGCACUUAUUUGGGUACGACGUAUCUGGACAUUGCUAAAGGCGCGGUUGAGAUCUUUAUGAAGCUGCGUGCCCGAGACCCGGCUAGUAGAGGCGACAGGUACAUGCUAGUUACAUUCGAUGAUCCACCAUACGGCGUAAAGGCGGGUUGGAAAGAGAAUCAUGCCACUUUCAUGAGCGAGCUGAAGAACCUGCAGGCAUCUGGACUGACUACACUGGGUCACGCUCUCCGCGCCGCCUUCGACCUGCUCAAUCUCAACAGACUCGUCUCUGGCAUCGACAACUAUGGCCAGGGUCGGAACCCUUUCUUUCUGGAGCCAUCGGUCAUUAUUACGAUCACCGAUGGAAACAAACUGACACACAGCUCUGGGGUGGCUGAGGAGCUACACCUGCCACUGAAUUCCCCGUUGCCGGGUAGUGAGCUGACUAAGGAGCCAUUCCGCUGGGACCAGCGACUCUUCGCCCUAGUCCUACGGCUGCCAGGAGUGUCCGUGCCCGACAGCGAGCACCUGGGCAGCGUGCCCACUGAUGAGUCUGCAAUCACCCAGAUGUGUGAGGUCACUGGAGGCCGCUCUUACUGUGUGAGGACGCAAAGGAUGCUGAACCAGUGUCUUGAGUCUCUUGUCCAAAAGGUUUUGAGUGGAGUUGUAAUACACUUUGAGAAGAGUGGUCCUGAUCCACCUGUGAUAGGCGAAGAUGGUCUUGUGGAUCCAGCUCGUCCUUUGUCGUCCUUCAGUCCGCAGCCCUGGCACAGCUGCCACAAGCUCAUAUACGUCCGGCCCAACCCCAAGACGGGCGUUCCUGUGGGCCACUGGCCAAUCCCAGAAUCCUUCUGGCCUGACCAGAACUCCCCCACUUUGCCUCCUCGAUCUGCCCAUCCUGUGGUGCGUUUUUCCUGUAUCGAUUGUGAGCCGAUGGUUAUUGACAAGCUGCCUUUCGACAAAUAUGAGCUGGAGCCGUCCCCGCUCACCCAGUUUAUCUUGGAGAGGAAAUCUCCUCACAUGUGCUGGCAGGUGUUUGUGAACUGCAGCGGCAAACACAGCGAUGGAGCCCACCCGUUCGGCUACCUGAAGGCCAGCACUACGCUCACCUGUGUCAACCUCUUCGUCAUGCCUUACAACUAUCCCGUCCUGUUGCCACUCCUCGAUGAUUUGUUUAAAGUGCACAAGCUAAAGCCAAACCUCAAGUGGCGGCAGGCCUUUGAAAUGUACCUGAAGUCCAUGCCUCCUUACUUUCUCUUGCCUAUCAAGAAGGCGCUGAGGAUGAUGGGAGCCCCAAAUCUCAUCUCUGACAACAUGGACUGUGGCUUGAGCUACAGUGUCAUUUCCUACCUAAAAAAACUCAGCCAGCAGGCAAAGAUUGAGUCAGACCGUCUGAUUGUGUCUGUCGGGAAGAAGCUUCCUCAAGAGACGGGCAUCAAGGUUAAGAACCACUCGAAUGCCCUGUCUCUGGCACACCGCCGUGAUUUCAAGCAGCUCCUGCAGGGCAUCACAGGCGAGGUUCCCCUCCGACUCAUCGACAUGAACUUUAAAGAGUUCGCUGGUUUCCAGAUUGCACUUCUCAACAAGGAUUUGAAGCCGCAGGCCUAUAGGAACGCUUAUGAUAUUCCACGACGGAACCUUGUAGAUCAAGUGACUCGGAUGCGUUUCAACCUUCUGAGGACAACACAGAAGCUAAUCAGAGGCCAGGAUGAUGACUCCUUGCACAGUAUUCCAGUGGGGCAGAUGGGAAAUUAUCAGGAGUAUUUGAAGAUGAUGCCAUCACCUCUACGUGAGAUUGAUCCAGACCAGCCCAAACGACUGCACACAUUUGGCAACCCAUUCAAGCAGGACAAGAAGGGAAUGAUGAUCGAUGAAGCAGAUGAGUUUGUGACAGGCAUGCAAAAUAAGAAGCGGGGUAACACUGGGGAUCUUAACUCAGGCACUGCCCUGAAGAGGAGGAGGAGUAUGUCCCCUCUGCUGCGCCGGCCCCAAACUCUUCCAAUAAUAACCAAUCAUGUCCUGGGCAAGGGCCCUACAGGGACUCAGGGCCAGCAAGGAAUCAUCAAACCCAUCCCACUACACAAAGGAGCUGAGGGAAACAGUGUAGGAGGCACAGAAAGCAACGGUGAGCGAGCGCCAGGCGAGGAGGCUGAAGACGGGUGGCCUGGAGGAGUGGAUGGAGAGGGAGGAGGACCUGCGCCUGUGGAGGACAGAGGAGAGGUGGGGACACCAGAUGGCGAGGAGGAGAGAAUAGGACUGGAGAACUGUCUGGAUGAGAGACCCUCUGAUCUCACACAAAACUGUGAGGACCUGAGUCCCCCGAGCCAGGAGGGGGCGGAGGAGGGCAAUGGAGGAGACACUCCAGCACAGGGCACAAUUGUUAUGAUUCCCCUGGAGGGGAGUAACGCGGAGCUGCGCACUCGAGUCCUCAAAGAAGUCCGCAAGCCUGGCCGCAAUUAUGAGGCAAUAUUCAGGUUACUGGAGGAGGUGAAGGGGCCAGUGACAGUGCAGAGAUACUUUAUUCAUCAUGCCAUCAAAGAGGCAGCCAGGUUUAAGAAGCGUGUGCUGAUCCAGCAGCUGGAGAGCGCUCUGCAGGAGAUUGAAGACAGACAGAUGCUGCCCACACAACUCAACAACGUCCACAGCAGAUAGUAAAACGUCACAUCUCACGGCUGAGACAUACGAGACGACAGAGAAGAAGCAGCGCAGGCCAACUGAGCACACGGGCCGACCCAUCAGCCUCAGUACUGUGCUCUAUGAGAAGAUUUAGCGAAGGAGAGAGUAAAUUAGGGAGGAUGGAGGCCUGUCUCGCUCACGCACUCUCCGGUCCAGGCGCUUCCAGUUACUGAAUUGUGUCACAACUCUGAAAGAGUGCUCACAAUGAGAGAGGCGCUCCAGGGUUGACAGGGGUUUUCUGUCAAUUUGCAGGCUUUCUGGGCCUGAUAAUGACCGUAAUUUAACCAUAAAAUAAUGAAUGAUGAAUAAGCACACUCCAGAAAAGCCAAGCCUCAGCCACUGUGUGAUUUUACAGGGUCAUCCGAGGCAGAGGUCAGCAUCUGUCACGUGAAUUAUGUUUAUAUAUUAUGUCUGUCCACUGUUAUUUGGCAUCAAUGGAAAGUUCAGAGUUUAUAAUAGUAUGGAAAAUCUAUGAUGGAUUUGUGUUUGCAUGAAAUGCCCACAAGUAAUGGGGUUAACAACAUAGUUGGACCUUCUUAAGUAAUAACAAUAACCCUACAAUCUUAAGUACGGCAAGCUCAAUUUUACUCCUUAAUUGUGGAAACCACGUUUUUACAGUUAAUGCAGAUUUUCCCCAAUGACUUUGGAGAUUCAGUAUGAGAUCUGAUAGCUGGCCUGUUGUUAUAUUCGUGGUGAUAUGUAAUGUCACAUAGAUUAGCAUCAUUCAGUGUCCUAUAAGCAAUAGUGUCCAAUGAAACAUGCUUGGCUCAUCACACAAAUGGGAAAUGCCAGCUAUGGUGUGAAAUGAACUGGUCCACAGCAGAGUUUAGAUUCUGUCCAGCAUGACAUCUUUCGUCAUCCUGCGCUUGGUUUCAUUGCACAGACACAACUUACAUUAGUGACCCCAUUCUUGUAUGUUUUGUUCAUUUUUAAAAACAGAUGUAUACUACUUUUUAAUGUUCAUAAAUAAUAUAGAUUAUUUUUGGAUGGUAUUGCUACAAGAGCAUAAAAAUAUUUUAAGAAUUGUAUA